AUGGCAGACGAAUCAGCCGAGAGCCUGACUUUGGAGGAAUUGGAAGUGGCUAUUGUAAAUCUGAGAAACAGCUUGGAGACGAUGUUGCAAGACGACCCCAAUUUCUAUUCUCAUACGACUCUGCUUGCACAUGCACUUCGAAAGUAUUACCUUUUAUUACGACCACAUGGACAUUUGAGUACUCUCGAGGAGUCCAUCACCUUGCUGCAACAAGCUGUCGAGAGUUCUUCCGCAGACGAUGUCAAGAGAGCUGAGUACCUUAUUAGUCUCGCUUUCUGCUUGAGUCUUCGUUGCGAUGCGACAGAAUCUGAAUUCGAUGCUGUAGAAGCUUCCCGGUUAGCAUACGAGGCCAUGAAUGGGGUAGAAAAGGAUGAUCCGUCGUAUGCUACAAUUCUGCAAUCAGCAUGUCAUUUCAUCAGCAAAAAGGCAAUCAGGCUCCACGAUGAAGAUGAUUUGGGAAAUGUGUUCAAUAUGCACAAGUACAUACUGUCGGUCACAAACAUCGAUCAUCCCGAACUCAAGUCGCGAUUCCGGAACUACGACAAUACACUGUUUAAAGGGUACUUGGCAUUCGGACACGUAGAGUAUCUGCAGGCCGCGAUUCGAGUCUCGGAGGAUAUCAUCAAUAUCCCGGAUCAAAGCUCAGAAGAACAUGCAAGAAAUGUAUGGAUUCUUGGCCAGCGUCUCGUUCAACGAUACUUGAGGACCGGAACGUCUGCAGAUUUGGAUGAUAGUAUAAGAGCGUGCCAACAAGCUGUCGACGACACUCCGCUCAACUCUAAGGAUCGGCAGCGAAGGCUGCAGUCCCUUUGUGAUAGGCUGGGAGAGAAGUAUUCUCUGACCCGAGAAGAAGACGAUUACCAGGCCGCCAAAGUGGUGGUAGACCAAAUUCUUGAUCAUUUGCCGACGAAACACAAGAGUCGAGCCCGAUGCCUUGGAAACAUUGGAAUUAUUCUGAGUCUCCGAUAUAGACAAACAGGACGUGAUGAUGACUUUCAACGAGCCAUUCGUGUGGCUAAAGAAGCCGUCGAUCUGACUGCUGACGGCGACAUUGGACGUGCUGUGCGACUGAGUAACCUUGGUGUAGUGUAUGCCGAGGCAUACGACAAGACUGGAAAUACAGAGCAACUCGAAGAGGCGAUCCGAAUCGGAAGAGAAACCCUCACUGCCACGCCGAAUGAUCAUCCAGACAAAGCCCUGCGUCAUUUCAAUCUUGCAGACAGGCUUCAACUUCGAUAUUGUGAGUCGGAAUCAACCGAUGACCUCAAGGAAGCUAUUUCCUUGUAUCGACUCACCCUACGUGAGUUUAGGGCCCCCAUGUUUCUUCGCGUUGAGGCUGGUUACUCCCUGAUGCAGGCUUGCGUCUGGAACCGCGAUUUAAACGAGGCAUACAAGGCUGGCGCCGAAACCAUCGAUCAUCUGUUACUAUUCAGAUCGUUUUCACUACAAAACACUGAUAUACAGCGUGAAGCAAGCAAACUUUUAGGUUUGGGAACUGAGACAGCAUCACUUGCUUUGACAGUGGGUCGGAGCGCAGAGACUGCCCUUGAGUUUCUUGAGAUGGCUCGAGGAGUCAUGGCAUCUUCGAUCAAUAUGCUCAGGGCCGAUAUCAGUGGUUUGGAGGCGAAGUUUCCGGAACUAUCCGCUAGGUAUAAUCGUCUUCGAGACCAGCUUGACACAGGUUCGGUUCCUGAAUCCGACUUUGCCCUGGGCGAAGAGGUUUGGGGAAAUGGGAUGAGUCACAGAUAUGACACCGGAGAGCAAAUUUCAGCAUUGCUGAAGGAGAUACGUGCAAAACCGGGGUUUAAAUUCUUUCUGAGACCUGACGAUGUGGAAGGGAUGAAGCGUGCAGCUGACCUCGGCCCUGUUAUUGUGGUCAACGUCGGGUCUCUGCUUUGCGACGCCAUAAUCAUCCAGCGAGAUGGUUUCAGUGCUGUUCAUCUUCCGAGCCUGAGCAAGAGUGAUAUCGACUCGAAGUAUCAGUCAUUAGGUCAAGGCAGUUUAAGGGUUCUCGAAUGGCUGUGGGAUGUCGUUGCUGAGCCCAUACUAAAUGCGCUGGGUUUCACUGGAGCACCGCGCGAGGGGGAGAUGAGAAGAGUAUGGUGGAUUCUGACAGGCUCUUUGAGUACAUUUCCUAUCCAUGCUGCAGGGCGGAACACUCAACGAAACGGUGAUACGGUGAUGGACAGAGUCAUGUCUUCAUACGCUACCUCAGUAUCAGCUAUUGUACAGAGUCGAAGGACGGCGCCCGCUUCUCACGAUGAGGCGCUAUUGGUGUCUGCUAGUGAAACGCCCGGUCACCGGACAUUAGCUUUUGCAGGAGAGGAAAUCAGUGUGCUCCGAGAUAUCUGUCACAGGAUGAAUCUCAAGCCUGUUGAGUCUGAGCCCAUUAGAGAAGAUGUGACAUCACACCUACGAAAGUGCAAGAUCUUCCAUUUUGCAGGGCACGGGUACACUGAUACAGCUGAUCCUUCCAAGAGCCAACUAUACCUCAGAGACUGGGAAACAAAUCCCCUUACAGUGGCAAGCCUCCUCGAGCUCAACCUUCAUCGGGAGGGUCCAUUUCUCGCCUAUUUAUCUGCCUGCGGUACAGGACAGAUCAAAAGCCAAACCCUCUUUGAUGAAGGUAUCCAUAUUAUUAGUGCAUGCCAACUAGCUGGGUUUCGGCAUGUCAUAGGAACAUUGUGGGAGGUAAAUGAUCAGUCUUGUGUCGAUAUGGCUGGUAUCAUAUACGAGGAAAUGCUCAAGGGAGACAUGUCGGAUGAGUCGGUGUGUCGUGGUGUUCAUGUUGCUACGAAAGGAAAGAGAGAUCAGUGGCUUGAUGAGACCUAUGGCACUGAGGAUGGGCCUAGGAAGGAGAAGGAGAAGAGGGAUCCCGAUGUCGAAAGAGAUAUUAUUUCUCUCGAUGAAGAGGAUGGGCAAGGUAUUCCUGGUCCUCCAUUGCACUGGAUUCCAUAUGUGCAUUUUGGUGCAUAA